CCUCUCCAAAAAAAACCAGGGACAAGUGCCGAUCACGUGGCACAUCAGCUGUUGGACCCUCUUGUGCUGCUCGACAUAUGGGUUCAUAUCCCUGCCUCUCUCCAGGGCAGUUAAACCACAGCUGCCAUCAGAGCUCCUGCUGAAGGGAGCAGCCUUCUCCCUUUCUGCCCUGGGGACCCAGAAGGCCUGCACUCUCCCCUCUGCCCCAGGCAGUGCCUGGCUGCCCAGCCCAUGGGGACGCUUGUGGCCAAACUGCUCCUGCCCACCCUCAGCAGCCUGGCCUUCCUCCCCACCAUCAGCAUCGCCGCCAAGAGGCGGUUCCACAUGGAGGCCAUGGUCUACCUUUUCACCAUGUUCUUCGUGGCGCUCUACCACGCGUGCAACGGGCCGGGGCUCUCGGUGCUGUGCCUCAUGCGCCAGGACAUCCUGGAGUACUUCAGCGUCUACGGGACAGCCCUGAGCAUGUGGGUGUCUCUGAUGGCACUGGCCGACUUCGACGAACCCAAGAGGUCAACUUGCAUGAUGUUUGGCGUCCUGACCAUCGCGGUGCGCAUCUACCAUGACCGCUGGGGCUACGGGGUGUACUCAGGCCCCAUUGGCACAGCUGUCCUCAUCAUUGCGGCAAAGUGGCUGCAGCAGAUGAAGGAGAAGAAGGGUCUGUACCCGGACAAGACUGUCUACACCCAGCAGAUAGGCCCCGGCCUCUGUUUCGGGGCCUUGGCCCUGAUGCUUCGCUUCUUCUUCGAGGAUUGGGACUACACCUACGUCCACAGCUUCUACCACUGUGCCCUGGCCAUGUCCUUCACCUUGCUGCUGCCCAAGGUCAACAGGAAGGCUGGGAGUGCAGGGACCCCGGCCAAGCUGGACUGCUCCAGCCUUUGCUGUGCUUGUGUCUGACUUUGCACCCACGUCAACCCUCC